AUGGGUGCGCUUGUUAGUCUCUUCAGUCUUGCUCUCAUGGGUGGUUUCUUCUCCCUCGCCAGUGGACUCUGGCAAUCUGACGAUGUACCCGAGAUCCACUUUCCGGAGAAGCCUGCACUCAUAGCCGUCAAGAAGGGCGAGAGCGGCGAAGUAGAGCAUAUAUCGCUGCGGACUUUACUGGAAACAAGAUGCAAGACCCUCUUUACCCCCUUUCGUCCACUAUGGUGGCUAUCCAAUGGUCACCUACAGACACUUUACUGUGUGGUGGGCGAUUUUUCGAAGAACGAUCGAAUGUGGUACGAUCGCACAUAUCUACGACUCACGGACGGAGGAACACUCGGCCUUGACUUCGCUCCGGCUGGCCGGCAAUCCGAUCUGCCCAAGGACACACCAAUAAUUGUUGUUCAGCACGGCCUAACUGGUGGUUCGUACGAAGCCUAUGUUCGAGCCAUUCUCAAGCAAGCGUGCGCUCCGGUGGAAGAAAGCGGCCUGGGUUAUCGAGCAGUUGUGUUUAACUUCCGUGGAUGCGCUGGAGUUCCGAUCACCAGCCAACUACUAUACUCAGCUGGUCAUACUGAUGAUACCCGACAGGCCUUAAUGCACGUCGCUCACCUUUACCCGGAUGCGCCUCUCCUAGGACUAGGCUUCUCACUAGGCGCUAAUGUCAUCACACGAUAUUUGGGUGAAGAAGGCGAUGCGACUCGACUGCACUCGGCAUGUGCACUAGCCUGCCCCUGGGACCUCAAGCAAAAUAAUGAUGGUCUGAUCAAUUCUUUCACAGGGAAGCACAUUUAUUCGAAGGGCAUGGGAGGAAAUCUCUUGAGACUUCUGAAGCGACAUCUCAAACCACUCAUGGCCGAUCCGGACCACAUAGUCGCCAAAGCUGCAGAGAACGCCAUUAAACUGAAGAACCCGACACUCGAGAAGUUCGACGAUACGUUUACCAGAAUAGCAGGUGGCCCAUCGCCGCACUUCCCAUUCCGAGAUUCUAACGAAUACUAUCACUGGGGCUCCAGUCACAAGGUGGUUGGCGACAUCAGGGUUCCUUUCCUAGCUAUCAACGCUGCUGAUGAUCCCGUCGUGCGACAUGUCCCUAUGGAUGGUGGUGGAAAUGGUCUUGUUGUAAUGGAGCUCACGAAGGGAGGCGGUCAUCUUGGUUGGUUCCAAGCGGGUCCUGGUUAUGUUGAUCGAUGGACGACGAAACCUGUUCUUGAAUGGCUGAAACUGGUUGGGGACGAUAUGGUCCACAAACCAAAGACCAAGUGUCUGCCUUUGUAUGUCGACGAGGAUGGAUUCUUGAAGGAGAAGGGUAGAGAGAAAUUGGGUUGUAAGGUCAUAGAGACUGGUGCUGUGAUAGAUGGUAAUGGCGGAGAAGAUGGUAUGAUUCAAGGGCUAUGA